UUUAAGGGGGACUGCAAAAAAGUCAUGGCCGGACUAGAGCAAUGUUCAGAAUAUUCUGACAUAAUUAGGCAGCAUUUUGAGGAAGGCAAAACUCAUGCCGAGAUUUCCACCGCGCUGCAGCAGUUAGGUGUCCAGAGAUGCUCCGAAAUGUCCAUCAGACGAUUCUGUGUUCAACACCAGCUCAGGCAGAAAAGACGUGUCAGACGCAGAACUGGAAACGGCAAUCAUGUCAUCAAUAGAUCAGACAGGGCCAUCUUAUGGACGGAAAUUCAUGACAGGAUACCUGUCAUCAGUGGGGGUGAGGGUAGGAGAACCUCGAGUGGGAAAGAUUCUCAGAGAAGUGCACCAGCCAUAUAAUGAGCUGCGUCGCCAGGGAGCACGUAAUCUAAACCCAGUUCCUUACCACGCAGAGUAUAUGGGCCACAAACUCCACCUCGACCAAAAUGAGAAGCUGGGAAUGUUUGGAGUGACACACGUCUUGGCUAUUGAUGGAUUCAGCAGUAAAAUUGUUGCUGAUUCCACAAUGCCAAUAAAGAACAACCUUGUUAUUUAUAAGGAAGUUUACAGGCAAGUCCAAUCAAGGUUACUUGACUUCCACUAUGUGGAAUUAAUGUACAAUAUCAGUAUUAUUACAAUACAAUCAGUAUUUGCUACAUGCAUUUGAAUGUGAAAUUAAUCAGUAUCUAUCAUAUCCACAUAAGUAUCCAUAUAAUCUAAAUAUUUUUCUAUUACAGGAAAGCAGUUGCUAACAAUGGCAUGUGGGACCAAGUCAGAGUGGAUCAUGGCAGGGAGUUUUACUUGACCCUGUACAUGCAGGAAAAGCUGUCUCAUCACAGACAUAAUGUUAACAGGCUACCUUAUGUGCAGACAACCUCUUCAAGGAACCUUCGUGUGGAAAGAAUUUGGCCAGAGGUCAAUAAUCGGGUGAACUAUCCCAUAAAACAGGCCCUGGUUCACCUGCUGGAUCAAGAGCUACUCGACAUGCAAGAUAAUGUAACGAAAUUUUGUGUCUCCAACCUGGCAUGUCAAGUGAGUCAGAUUGGACUUGGCAGAGUUGUGCAGUCCUGGAAUGCCCAUAGGAUACCAGGCAGAGGGAUACCAAACCAACUUGCAGCUGGUAGUUGUCCAGCAAGAAUUCCCACAGAGCUGCUGCCCAAUGCUGCUGAGGCAGCACACAUGUAUGAGCAGGAAUUUGGGUCCUCCCUGACUUGGGUAUCUGCCUUUGGCUCUGACCCAUUUCCGUCAGAGCAAGACCAAUGUCGUGCUGAGCAGCUGUUCGGAGAGAGGUUCCCAGACAUGGCGCUUCUUUUUGGAACAGUGGUCAACAAUGACCAUAGUAUGUUUCAGGAGGCACUGUUCUACCUGAUCAAUGUUACUGAGAGACAUGCAAGAUAAACUAGCCAUGUGUAUAUAUUUGUACAGUAGUUUUAUGAGAAAGUA